AUGAAGAAGCACGAUUGGGAUCGCAAUGGAGGUCACCAUGGCGCACGCGAAGUCCGUCGCUUGAGCAGGAGGCGCAGCGACCUUCGUCGUGACCAGACCUAUGGCGUCUCUUCUGAUCGCACAAUUCGUGCAGUAACUCCAGAUUCGACCCCUGAAAUCACCGCCCUGCCUUCGCCCUCCUCCUUCACGGCACACAAUCCUCGUUCUCAAACCCAGGGGAAUACCACUUCGGUGUCAAAUACUACAGAUGAAGAGAGUGGUGCGGAUCGGCGCAAAGUCAAGAAGAAACAGAAAGAUGUGGCACCAGUCGACACUUCUCCAAACAGUUCUUUCUUCGAGAAGACUAAAGGAAGACUGCGUUUAGGCUCAAUUACAACACCGUCGACUUCGGUACCUCGUCUGGACGAUCCUACACUCUCUAUUGGCUUUCCUUCUGUCGUCCAAGCAUCUGUCUUCCCCGAUCUGAAAGAUUUACAGCGUCAACUGCCGAAAGCCACACGUCGUACUUUCUCCUCUGAUAGUACUACGACUGCUACUGCUUCCUCUAUCAGAUCACCUGUGAUCUUCGAAUCCGACUCGGAGAGGAUUCUCAAGCUAAUGAAGACUGUGUGUGGUCGCAUGCACGGCAUCCUGUUCUAUCGCCUAAGUGGCUCAACUUCAUGGCAUUCUGGGUAUUGUGCUAUCAAUGUGGCCCCAGGAAGCCUGGUUUGUCAAAUGCGCGGGGUUGUUACUCAACAAGAGACCUUGAUCCCUGAUCUGAGAGGUUGUACCGUUCGCACCCAUUACGAUCCUGUAACUCAGACAACCCAUCUUAGCGUCGUACUGCCCGUGUCAGGUUUUGGUUAUGACCUACGUCCGUCUGUGCCCGAAACUUUUGAUUCCUGGUUGGCGGCCUUGCUGUGUUGGCAGCCGCUAAAACCAAAGGGUAUGUACAACAAGUUGGUCAAAACACAGUCCAUGUCCACAGACAAGGCGAAUGCGGGAAGUCGACGCUUGUCUGAUCUCUCCACUCCACGAAGUGCUGCUGUGGUCAAGUCUAGUCAAAUGCUCAUGUGGGACGGAGCACUGCCGAGUGGAUCGUGCCGCCGUCAAGCAAAACGCGUCAAGAUUGGGCCAUACGAACAACGCUCGUGGCGUCGUGUGAAUUGUACGUUGCACGAGAAUGGCACACUACGCCUUCUAGCCGAAGAAAACGCAACACCCAUCAGAUCUUUGAGGUUGAAUAAUCUCACUCGUUGUGCUGUGCAACGACUCGACGACUCAGUGCUCGGCGCGCCGUAUUGCAUUGCAAUACAUCCUCAAUACACAGUUGGAAUGAUACAGUCUUCAGUUUCGGUUCCCCUCGCACUAUCGUUGACUAGCAGAGUCGCUUUCGAGGCUUGGUUCGUUCUGCUUCAAGCCAUGACUGUUCCCGAGCUAUAUGGUCCUGAGGUCGAAGCAGUUCCACGGAAUAGACCCACUUCCAGUGGUGGCACUACAAGUCCUUCACGCCACAUGUUCAGAAUAGAGCGUUCUUUGAAAGUCAGAAUAGUCGAGGCGAAGUUCCAAGAGGAUGUCAGAUGGCAUCAUCAGCAGAACUCGCGAUACUGGAAGCCACUUCCCAACCCUGUUGUAGAAGGAGGAUUUGACGUCUACGCUGACGUGCUUCUAGGACGUGACCUCAGAGCCCGAACUGUCAACAAGCCACUGUCGAGCUCAGUCUUCUGGGCGGAAGAAUUUCACUUGGCCGAUAUACCUUCAGUCUUGACCAGGAUUUCCAUCGUUUUGAAAAAGGGUAAUCCUGACGAAAGAGAAUGGACCAUGUUCCCCAGAGGUGAAUACGAGAUAUCAGCUGAGGACGACAGUCCCGAUUUCGAAGCUAUAGAAGUUGCCUCUCACGAUCCUGUCUAUGCCAGAGUCGAUGUUCAACUACAAGACCUUGAGCAGGACAAGAUGAUCGAGAAGUGGUGGGCCUUGAUAGACAGCAACGGCACAAACAUUGGUUCGGCACUCAUCAAGCUCGUGAUGGAAGAACAUAUUGUGCUUCUUGAAUCCGAAUAUGCCGAGGUCUCAACGUUACUUCAUAAUUUCGACAACAGUCUCACGUCUCAAUUAGGUCAGGUACUGGGCACAGAGCUCAAACAAUUAUCAAACAUCCUGCUUGAUAUAUUCCAGGCAUCCGACAAAGCCGAGGAGUGGAUCAACAAUCUCGUCGAGGAGGAGAUCGAUGGUAUUUAUCGAGAACAGCCACCCAGUGUAAGAAUGCGAUUUUCGGGACGUAUUCGUUCCAAUGAUUCUUAUGAGUCCGCUGAGCAGCGCGAGCUCCUGGUCAGAGACCUCAGCAGGUCCGCGACUCUAGAAGCUAACCUGCUUUUCCGUGGGAAUUCGCUUGUGACAAAAGCCUUGGACGCUCACAUGAGACGCAUCGGUAAGGAGUACCUCGAACGCACACUGGGUGAGAAGCUUCGGGCUAUCGUUGCAAACAACCCCAAUUGUGAGGUGGAUCCGAACAAAAUCUCUUCGACUGAUCAGCUCGAUCGUAAUUGGGCGAAUCUUAUUGCACACACGACCAGUAUAUGGCAAUCAAUCGCUGCCUCUGUAUCAAAAUGUCCCGGUGGUAUUCGUCAAGUCCUCAAACACGUGGGUUCUUGUGCUGAAGAUAGAUACGGUUCGUUCAUUCGUACUGUGAGAUAUACGAGCGUCUCCGGGUUUCUGUUCCUCCGGCUGUUUUGUCCAUGCAUACUCAACCCUAGAUUAUUCGGCCUACUGGAAGAUCACCCUUCUGAGAAGCCUAGAAGAACGCUCACUUUGAUUGCCAAGGGUUUGAUGUCUCUUGCGAAUCUUGCAAAAUUUGGGCAGAAAGAGCCAUGGAUGGAGCCGAUGAAUAAGUUCAUCACGGCUGCGACCCCCGAGUUCAAAAUCUUCAUCGAUGAGUUUUGUGCCUGGAGUCCGUCGAUAGGUUCUUUUCACGAGCCACAGUACCAAGCAGCAGCUCAGGUGAGACAACGAUUACCACCAGUGUCGAGGGAGGGUCUGCUCAGUCUACCUUUCUUGCUGGAUGGACCAAGGUCGUUAGCAACACUCGUCGACCUAUGGAUGGAGCAUGUGCCAUCUAAUAUUAUGGAAACCCCAACUGAAGAAAGCGUAAAGGCUUUUCACAACGCCUGUCUCAAUCUUGGCCGCAAGACGAAAGAAUGUAUGGCAAAUGCUGAGGUGGCUCAAGAACCAAACAGCAAUCUAGAGCGACAAUGGCAGAAGAUGUUGAGCGAACAGCCAAAAGGUCGACUAAAUCACAAUCACAAUCCUUUCGAUGAGAUGUAUCCCGACAGUGAGAUUACUGCUCUCCCACAGCCUGCGGAUGCUCGAGGCUACGGCUCUCAGCGCUCUUUGGUCCGGCCAGGAGAUAGUUCUGGUGAACGCGACGAAGCAAGAUCUCUUCGGGAAGCUCCAUUUCGAACUAUGACCAGCUCCACAAACUCCUCGAAUGUCUCGAUUGAGGCCUUUGAAGAUUAUCGAAAUCGGCAAAAAGCACGGGGUGGGGCUGGAAGGGGAAGGCACCUGGAGAUUUUGAACCACAGAAUCCCACGCGUUGAGAGUCCGACCGUGGAACCAAACCGUUUUUGA